CCCAUAUUUGGCAACCGUGUUUGUAAGCAUCAAUCCUUCUGGGACAGAAGAAGCCCGGCAGAGAAUUUCAUCACCAAAUCCCAACGCUGACCCUACGAUCUGCGCAUUUCAUCGUCCUCAACGGCUCUGAUUCUCUGGUUUUGGGAUCUUGUCAGAUGCGGCCAUCCCCUGAAAAUUUAUCCCCUAGGGUCAGAAAGGAAGAAAAUGAUUUCUCUGGUUCGAGUUUCCUAUCUCUCCAAGAUAGCACUCAUCAGGAACCCAUAGACGUCUCUUCUUCUUCAUCCUCUUCUUCAGAGGAUGGUUCUCUUGAGACAGAGGAUGAAGAUGACCAAUCUAAUGAGAAUGCCUCAAAGCAGUUGGUGCUUUAUGACCCUUCAGCUAAUGGUACAGGUGCAAUUGAACCUGUUCCCGACCCUAUUCAGUCCCAGCCUCCAACAUUCCGAAGAUACUUGGCUCGAAAUUCAUCUUCUAGAGUUUUGCCAUCUGUUGGGGCUUUCACUGUCCAGUGUGCCAAAUGUUUUAAAUGGAGGCUCAUCCCAACAAAAGAAAAAUAUGAAGAAAUACGGGAACAUAUUCUGGAACAGCCUUUUUACUGUGAAACAGCUCGUGAGUGGCGGCCUGAUAUAUCGUGUGACGAUCCGGCGGACAUUUCUCAAGAUGGCAGCAGGCUCUGGGCAAUUGAUAAGCCUAAUAUUGCGCAGCCUCCUCCUGGGUGGCAACGGCUUCUACGAAUCAGAGGUGAAGGAAGCACCAAGUUUGCGGACAUAUAUUAUGAAGCACCAUCAGGCAAGAGACUACGCUCAAUUGUGGAGAUCCAAAAGUACUUGCUUGAACAUCCAGAGUACAUGAGAGAUGGAGUAACUCUCUCCCAAUUCUCAUUUCAAAUUCCAAAGCCCUUGCAGAAAGAUUAUGUGAGAAAGCGUACUCCUCUUCUGACAACUUCACUUGACACUAGACCUCUCGAACCUGGUGAAG